AUGUACCCUGUUGGGUCUCCUGGGGCCCCGCAGCAGCAGCAGCAGCUGAACCCCUCCUCGGGGGCCCCCUUGUGCACUGUAGAUACACCUGAAGGGGCCCCCUUUUCAGCAGAGUCGGGGGCCCCCCUGAGCCUCUCCGAGGACUCCGAGGGGCCCCCUGACUCCCCAGCAGCAGCAGCAGGGGGGGCCCCCAACGCAGGGUACAGCGGGGAGGGGGGCCCCCAGGGGGACCCCCAGGGGGCCCCCAAGGGCCCCCGGGGGGCCCCCAAGGGGCCCCCGGGAGCCCCCAAAGCUGCGCGGAAAGAAAAGAAAAUAAAUAAAAGUGGAGAAAAAAAGAAACAAAAGGGGCCCCUCUUGUUUGACCCAGUGAAGGCCUGGAGGGCCCUAUGCAGUGCUUGGGAGCAGCGGCAAGACGUUUCUUUCUUGUGGACUUCGACUCAGUUUGCGGAAUUUGCUGCCUCCAACUUCGAAUUAACUUCAAACGCAGCAGCAGGGGGGCCCCCCACUCUAGGGGCCCAGGGGGCCCCCCAGACCCUGGGGGCCCCCCAGACCCUGGGGGCCCCCCAGUCCCCGGGGGGCCCCGAGACCCCGGGGGGCCCCCAGACCCCGGGGGGCCCCCAGAGUGCAGGGGCCCCAGGGGCCCCUCAAAGCCGUGGGGCCCCCGGGGCUGCUGCGGGGUGCUGGGUAGAAGGUGCUGGGGGGGGCCCCCCUGGGGGUGCGGGGUGCCCCCCUUGUGGGGCCCCUGUUGGGGUUUGUGGGGGCCCCCCUGCAGCAUUUGUGUUCAGUUUGCUGCUGGAGAAUGGCAGCACUUCUAGCCUCAGCAGCAGCAAACUAGAAGCUGCUUGUUUUAAAAUUAAAACCCUCAGGGCCCGCUUUCCCCAGCCCGUGGCUCUCGUGGUUUCUAAGGGUACUGCUGGGGAGCCCCCAGACCCUCGGGGGGCCCCCCACGGUCUUGGGGGCCCCCUGGGUCCUGGGGGGGCCCCCCACGGCCUUGGGGGCCCGCCAGGCUGCGGGGGGGGCCCCCAGCCUCAAGGGGGGCCCCCAGACAUCGAGGGGGCCCCCCACGGGCUGGAGGGGCCCCCAGAUCUUGGGGGGAGCCCCCAGACCCAGGGGGGCCCCCCAGACCCUGGGGGGGCCCCCCAGACCCUGGGGGGCCCCCAGGCCCUGGGGGGCCCCCCAGAGGACCAAGGGGGCCCCCAGUGGGACCCUGAAGAUGCCCUGAAGCAGCUCGCGGGGGGCCCCCCGACGCAGUGGCAGCACUUUGUUGUUCCCCUGGCCCAGUUCGCGCAGCAGCAGCAGCAGCAGCAGGGGGAGGCCGCUGCUGCUGCUGCUGCUGCUGCUGCUGCUGCUGCUGCCUGGGACUUAAUGCGGGACUUGUUUGUCUCGGGGGCCAAAAGGCCAAAAGCAAAAGGGCUGCUGCUGAUUUGGAACUCCCAAGAAGCCCUCAGGCCCCUCCUUGCGCAACGCCCAGAAAUACCACUUGGUGCUGUCGGCUUCUUCGAUGUUUCUCUGAUGGCGUGGCUGUGGGCCCCCGAAGACCCUGAGAUAUCUGCUGCUGCUGCAGCGAUAAACACUGCAGCAGCAAAACUCAACUUGCCGCAGAUCCUU